CUAUCCAGAACUAGCCAGUGCCAGAGGCAAAGGAGAAGGUGCUUGGAGCUGUCUGCAAAGAACACCACGCGCUCUGCUCUGACAGCUGCUGCGAGAAAGAGAGGGGAGACCGCCAAGUCAGGGAACUGUUGCUCCCGGCUCCAGAAGACCUGUGUUAUUGCUCCUCUGAGCCUUGCUUUCCCAUCUAGACAGCAGGUAUCAUUGAAGCCUCUUUUGGAUGCACCUGAAGAUGUGAAUGGCUCUGAAAUGUACCAGAGGGAUUUAGCUGGGGAGACUCUUCUCUGCAAUCCAAUUGCAUUUGGUGUAUGACACCAGUAAUCCAACAACAGUGUGCUUCUCCUCUUGGAUGGAAGCCAUGAGGAGCUCCUGGACCAGUUUUCUCCCAUUAACUAUUGCACUUUUUAUGGGGGUUGUGGACUGUCAGAGAGACUUCGCUGGGCAACUGGAUCAACGUCCUUCUUUCAGGACAGAUGCUGGGAACAGGGAGAUGACACGGCCAAGAUUUCAGCAGAACCAAGGCAGGUUUGGGCCAAGAACUAAGGUGCACGGUUUGUUCCAGGUACAUGGUUCUUCUCCUACAUUGGAUCAUGGUCCUGUGACUCCUCAGACCAAUGCUGCUGCUAAUGCCCAGAUGAGACAUCCAGCAGGGAGGGAGCAUCAAAGACAAUACUCUGCUCCCACAGUCCACAGACUCCCAUCUCUCACCAGUGUGAGAUCUCAGGCCAGCAAUCCUAGAAGGAACACUGGUGCUUUGGGUAGAAGUCCAAGCUGGACUCUCCAGCAGAGAGCACCACCGGUGAACCUCGUCCAGAAUGGGCCAAGACCACAGGCAGCCCCACAAGUGCCAAUGCAGACUGCCAGAGGCCGGAUGGCAGGACCAAAUGUCUGCGGGGGACAAUGCUGCUCAGGGUGGACAACGGCUCCUAAAACUAAUCGAUGUAUUAAACCUGUAUGUGAUCCUCCAUGCCAGAACAAAGGAUCCUGUAGCCGUCCUCAGCUUUGCAUUUGCCGUUCAGGCUUCAGAGGCUCCCUGUGUGAAGUGGUGAUUCCGGAAGAGGAGUAUCAAACUCCCGGCCUUGCAACUGCCUUAAGGCCUCCGGCAGAUUCCCUUCUAAAGAGAAUAAGCAGCGCAGAAAAAAGAGAGCAACAGCUACCUAUCAUGCAAAAACUACCAGCUGGGGUUCAGAACAGAAGCAGCUCUCUUGUUACCUCUCAGCUGUACACAGGAUCAUCCCGUACAGUCCGACGCUAUCCAGCUGCAAACCACGAUCAGCUGACUUCCAAUACACUUCCCAAUGGGAAUGGAUUUGAACAGAGCAGUGUUGGGCCACAAAUGGUAUAUCCAGAACCUGUUUUAUCUCCCUGGGGAGCCAAUCUGACAGAGAAAAUCAGGAAGAUAAAAAUAGUCUUCACUCCCACAAUCUGUAAACAGACUUGUCACCAUGGCCGCUGCUACAAUUAUUGUGAGAAAGGGGACACUACCACCUUAUACAGCCAGAGUGGACAUGACCACGACCCCAAAUUGGGUUUCCGUAUCUAUUUCUGCCAGAUUCCAUGUCUAAAUGGAGGGCGCUGUGUGGGCAGGGAUGAAUGCUGGUGCCCAUCUAACUCUACAGGGAAAUUUUGCCAUCUACCAGCUUUAAAAGUAGAAAGGAAACAAGUUCCAAAUAGCUUGGCAAGCAGAUCCAUGAAGCAUUCUAUGUAUACACUUCCUCUAUCCAACCAACUUGCUUCAAUAUAUCCUUCCCUGGUGAAUGUGCAUAUCAGCCAUCCCCCAGAAGCCAUGGUGCAGAUCCAUCAGGUGGCUAGAGUGAAGAGUGACUCAGAACAAUCAGAAGAGAACAGUGUGGAAAGUGGACAGAUAGCCCAGCUUCCAAUGGCCUCCCAUUACAGUAAUAAUACCACCCCAAACAACAGUAUUGUCAUUGAAAGCAGCCAGCAACAGAGGCCCCAGGGCCCCAUGGGAAAAUGUUACCUGGAGACAGUACAUGGAAAGUGUGCUGACCCAUUGCCUGGUCUGGCCAAGUAUGAGGAUUGCUGUGGAAGUGUGGGAGUCUUUUGGGGUCUCAGCAGAUGCAUUCCAUGUCCAGUGAAACCAGCUCACCCAGUAAUUGAAAAUGGACAUGUUGAAUGCCCACAAGGAUACAAGAAGCUGAAUCAGAGUCACUGUCAAGAUAUUAAUGAAUGUAUGAUUCAAGGUAUAUGUAAAGAUGCAGAAUGUAUGAACACCCGUGGUAGUUUCGUCUGUACUUGUAAGCCUGGUACUAUGUUGGACCCAUCACGCAGUCACUGUAUUUCGGAUAAGGCAGUUUCCACAGAACAAGGGUUGUGCUAUCGCUCGGUGAUAGAAGGAAUGUGUACACUGCCACUUAAUCAGCGGAUCACCAAACAGAUCUGCUGCUGUAGUCGUGUUGGCAAAGGAUGGGGGAGAAACUGUGAGAUAUGCCCCUUGUUGGGCUCUGAAACCUUCAAGGAGAUUUGCCCUGCAGGCCAUGGCUACACUUAUGCCAGCUCAGACAUUCGGAUGUCCUUGAGGAAGGCAGAAGUUGAUGAGCUCCCCUCACUCAGCUCAGAGGAGCAAAGGGGACAUAGUGAUCAGAUUUCUAACUGGACAAUUAGGCAGAAGGAAGUACAGGAGGCCUUGAAUGGUGGUGCUAUAGAUGUUUUUCCCCCAACUGGUGUCCCAGCAGGAAAAGCAGAAUCCCAAGAAGAUCAGGAUACCGAUGAUGCUAUUCAAGAAACUGAUACUAAUCCAGUGGAUAUAACAGAGAUUUCUCCCCAUUCUCCUGCCAAACAAUUUCCAAUAGCUGUAGAUGAAAGUGCUGCUUCAAGAGACACAGCAACAGUAUUCACAGAGAUAAAUGCAUGUUCCUCUUCACCUGAUAUCUGUGGUCCAGGCACUUGUGUGAGCUUUCCUGAAGGAUAUACCUGCUUGUGUUAUCCUGGUUAUCAACAGCAUUCUAGUCACACCUAUUGCAUUGAUAUUGAUGAAUGUGAGAGAAAUCCAUGUGAUGGGAAGGGUCACUGUGUCAACGCUGAAGGCUCUUAUUCCUGUAUCUGUUUUUCUGGGUAUAGCAUUCUCACUUCACAAAACAUGCAAACAUGUCAGGAUCUAAAUGAGUGUGACCAGCCAGAUGUGUGCCAUGGAGGGCAGUGUAUCAACAUGCCUGGCUCGUAUCAUUGUGAGUGCAAAAUAGGCUACAUCCUGAAUCGCAAAGGACAGUGUGAAGAUAUUGAUGAAUGUACAACUUAUAACAUCUGUCCCAGAGGGCACUGCAUCAACACUGAGGGCUCUUUUUCUUGUGUGGAUUGUGGUAAUGGCUAUAUUGCAUCAGUGGAUGGAAGAACUUGUGAAGAUAUUGAUGAAUGUGAUUCACACAUGGCCUGCCCACAGGGAAUCUGCACUAACACACCAGGCUCCUUCACUUGCCAAGCUUGUGAAACAGGCUAUGUUCUCUCACCUGACAGACAGUCUUGUGAAGACAGUAAUGAAUGUGAAUACCCAAACACUUACUGCUUAGGAGGAGAGUGCUUAAACACACCAGGAUCCUACACAUGUCGUUGUCAGCUAGGAUUUGAACUCUUCAAUGGGACCACGUGUGAAGAUCAAAAUGAGUGUCUGGAUAGUGGCAUCUGCAGCCCCAAUGGCGAAUGCCUGAACAGCCAUGGAUCGUACUUCUGCAUUUGCGCUCUUGGCUUCUCAAAUGCUGCUGGUGGAGUCAGCUGCCAAGAUGUGGAUGAAUGUGCCGAUCAGUCCCGGUGUUUGCAUGGCCAGUGCCUCAAUACAGAAGGAUCUUAUAGAUGCUUGUGUCAGACUGGCUUCCGGCAUUCACAGGAAACGGAUGACUGUGUAGAUGUGGACGAAUGUGAAGAAUUUGGGGCUGCUGCUUGUGGCAUAUGGCAAUGCCAGAACACCUUGGGUUCAUUCCACUGCAUUAUGGGAUGUCCUCCUGGCUUCCAUCGCACACCAUUUGGUGAAUGCAUUGAUAUUGAUGAGUGUGCCAAUGAGACCCUGUGUGGAAACCAUGCUUUCUGUGACAACACUGUUGGGUCAUUCCAUUGCCUGUGUGACCGUGGCUAUAAAAAUUCACCUUCAGGCCAUGACUGCAUUGAUGUAAACGAAUGUGAGCUGAUGGUUGCAGUGUGUGGGACUGCACUUUGUGAAAAUGUAGAAGGAGCCUUCCUGUGCCUGUGUCCAAGUGACCAUGAGGAGUAUGACACACAAGCUGGGGAAUGCCGCCCCCGAUCAGGCCUAGGGGAACCUGGAAGGCCUGUGUCUUUACAUCCUAGUAGUGCAGAGCGGAAGGAGUGCUACUAUCACAUCAGUGAUGUCCCAUUGUGUGACAGUGUCUUGGCCAAUAACACCACGAAAGAGGAAUGCUGCUGCACUGAAGGAGCAGCCUGGGGAGAUAAUUGUGAAACAUAUCUGUGUCCAGUCAUUGGCUCAGUGGAAUAUAUUGAUAUUUGUCCCAGUGGGAAGGGCUAUAUUCCUGUAGAAGGAACACUAAUUUUUGGACAGACAUCUUACACAGAUGCUGAUGAAUGUGAAAUGUUUGGCUCUGAGGUCUGUCGUAAUGGACAUUGUGUGAACACAGUACCAGGAUACACAUGCUUCUGCCAUGUUGGAUAUUUCUAUGACUCUAGCCGGCUUGAAUGUGUUGAUCUAGAUGAGUGUGAGAAUGAAGAGAUCUGUGCAGAUGGCAAAUGUCUGAACACAGCUGGUUCUUACCACUGCUUCUGUAGCCUUCCCCUGGUCCUAGAUGUAAUCCACAAUCGCUGUGUCAACGUUUCCAACAGUGCAGAUAACCUGGAUGAAUCUGACAGUGAAUUGGACAUCUGCUGGCAGAAGGUCUCAGCAAGCUAUGUUUGUAAUGAACCAUUGCUGGGACGACGAACAACAUACACAGAGUGCUGCUGCCUUUACGGAGAGGCUUGGAGUCAGGACUGUGCACUCUGCCCUCCAAGGUCCUCUGAAGAUUUUUAUCAGCUGUGCAAUAUAGUGAGUGAGGCUGGACUCCAAGAAAGGCCCAGCUAUGAAUAUGGGCCAAAUCAGGACAGCCAUCAAUAUGAGCUUUACACCCCAGAUUUGGAGCCCUAUUUAAAUCGCUUGGAUCUUGAGGAUGGAACGGCUGACACCAACAGAGAACAAAGCAAUGCAUUUGAAGAUAGUGCAACAGCACAAAGAGAACAGCUGCUCCCGGUUCAGACACAGCCUCACUACCUGCCUGAGCACAUUGAGCAGUACAGCAACUUUGAAGGGCUACAAGCAGAAGAGUGUGGAAUUCUUAAUGGUUGUGAAAAUGGACGCUGUGUACGUGUGCAGGAAGGUUAUACUUGUGACUGCUUUGAUGGCUUCCAGUUAGAUUUGAAGCUCAUGGCCUGUGUGGAUAUCAACGAGUGUGAAGCAGCAAAUGCCUCUAUGAUUCUUUGUAACGGCAAUACCUGUGAAAACACAGAGGGCUCUUACCGCUGCACCUGCUCACCUGGCGGUGCAGCUUUAAUGGAGCCUCACUGCAUUCCAGAGACUGCACAAAAUCCAGAGGCAGCAUAACUCCAAAAGAAGUGAUAAAACGGAGGCAACAUUUUCAGCCAUUUGCCUUAAGAACUGGAGAUCUGUGCAGCCAGAAAAUAGUUUCAGGGAUCUCAGCAGCUUUAAAAUAUUUUAUUUCCCAGAAAGCAAGGACUCAACAUAUGCCUGUGUUGAAUUACAGUAUUUCAGCCAGUGUAAACACUCAGGGCCCAACCCUCAUGUAUGUGCAUUUAAAAAGCUGUCACUCCAUUUUUAUCGGAGAUUUUUGACCUUCUGUUACUAAUCUGCACUGGGUGGACAACAGUACACUCCCUCCUUUCUGUUCAUCUCUUUUGCUUCUCAGUUCAUAUCAUAGGCUGAACAAACUUUGCCCCCUGAAUUAUUCUCACAAGGCUUCCUCCCUUUAUUGUACUAAUUUCUCACUAAUCCCAUGUCAUCUUAUAUUUCUUUACCAUUCAUAGAAUGCUGCUUGCUAGUUUUACUUAAAAUACUUACUCUAGUCUUUUCAGAAAUAGUCUGAGAAUCUAAUUGUAUUUGCCAUAGUUGGUCAGGGGCAUAAAAAUAGAGUUCUUCCAGCUUUGUGUACUAAAUGGGCAUCUCAGCCUCACAGCUACUAAUGCAUUAUGUCCUCUUUUUACCAUGGCUGAAGGAAACUCCCAUUCUACAGGUAACACACAUUUGGCUUCCCACUGAAUCCAGCCAAAAAUCUAUAUAACCUUCCCUUAAAGUUAUCCUUACUAGCAAAGCAAAAGACACAGUAUCCCAAUACCCAAGCCCAGAACACAGGUUCCCCAUUCUCAGAGUUAGAGCAACUACUUAUAGUCUGAUUGUGGCUUGGACUUCAUUGGCCCUUUUGGGCUCUCUGUUCACCACAAGCCAUGGACAUCCAACUGCACCUUCUGUGACUGCUGGAAUGUUACUUCGGGAAGCGGGAAAGAUUAUAGCUCUUUAGUUUUAAGAAGUAAUCUCUGCAGUGCUUUCCAUUGGAAAAAUAUAACACAAUGUUAAAUAAAUUGUUUUUUUU